UCCGGCAAGGCUGGCUCUGGCGGCGAUGGCGUGGCUCGGCUUCAUCAACUUGUACAUGGUGAGGGUCAACCUGUCCGUGAUCAUCGUAGCGAUGGUCCGCCGGAACGAGACAGGUGCUUCCACGGCUCCGUGUCUUACGAUCGCAAACGCAACACAAGGCAUAACUUCAGACUCUCAAGAUAAUGAGGAAACAGAAGAACAGAGCUCAAUCGCCACAUAUGAGGAAGGCGAGAUGGUGUGGGACGAGAGAACCCAGGGCUUUGUGCUGGCUGGCUUUUACUACGGCUACGCCACCACUCAGAUCGUGGGCGGUCGCCUGGCGGAGCUUUAUGGGACACGGUGGGUGUUUGGGACCUGCAUCCUGGCGGGAGGCAUUUGCACCGUCCUUUCCCCCAUCGCGGCUCGUACGCAUUACGGCAUCUUGAUUGCUCUCAGAGUUAUACAGGGAAUAUUUCAGGGCGCCUCUUGGCCGUCCAUGCACGCUUGUGUGGCCCGGUGGAUUCCGCCUCUCGAGCGAUCCAGGUUCAUCGCUUCCGUCUACUUUGGUGCAACUCUGAGCACAGCUUUAACGCUGCCCCUGUGCGGCGUGAUCAUCGCGGCGCACGGGUGGGCUGCGGCCUUCUAUGUGACGGGCGCGCUGUCCCUCGCGUGGUGCGCCCUCUGGUUUGCCUUUAUGCACGACUCGCCCAGGCAGCAUCCCAGGAUCUCCGGCGAAGAGCUACGUUAUAUCGAGGACGCCCUGCAGGCAUCCGGCACCAGCAGCAACCGCUCGACUAAGUUGCCCCUGAAGAGCAUCCUGACAAGCCUUCCUGUCUGGGCCAUUGUCGUGGGCGACGUCGGCAACACUUUCGGCUUGAACCUCUUCCUUACUCAGCUUCCAACCUACAUGAAAAAUAUACUGGGAUUCUCUAUAAGAAAGAAUGGGAUAGUCUCCGCCCUUCCUUUUUUGUUGCGUUACACAGGCGCUCUCACGUGGAGCAACCUAGGGGACUGGUUGAUUCGGAAAGGUCAUCUCUCUGUCAGAAAGUCGCGGAAACUGUUCAGUGUCAUUGCAAUGUGGGGACCUGGAGUGCUGAUCAUCGGAGUAGUUUACUCAGGCUGUAACUCGCAGGCAAUUGUGAGUCUCAUUUGCUUGGCGCUCUUCUUCAAUGGUGCUGUGACGGCAAGCAUAACUGUGAAUCAUACAGACAUUGCUCCAAAUUUUUCAGGAACGCUCUUCGGAAUCGCCAAUACGUUCUGUAGCUUUGGCGGCUUCUCUGUGCCAGUAAUGGUUGGCUACAUGACUGAUGGAGAGCAAACCCCGGGUCAGUGGCAGAAAGUAUUCUGGAUCUUCAUACCUGUAUACAUGGUCUCGGAGAUUUUCUUUCUCGUGUUCAGCUCCGGCUCAGUUCAGCCAUGGAACGAUGGAGAGGCAGGCGAGCGGAGGGAAAAUGCCGUCGACUCCGAGCUGGACGUACUAAAGGGACAGGAUGUCAAGACUUGAAGUGGAAGAGGAGAAAUGUAAAUUUUAGGGAAUGUUGGAUGUGUGACUUCGUGUUUCCAGAAAGAAUAUACAAAAGUAAAUCAUGAAUUAUCCAAGCAGGGCACUCAUGCAACUCUCCAUGAUCAACCUGCAAUAAUCAUUAUAGUCUGAUCAACCUGCAAUAAUCA